ACUUGUUUGAUAGAAUAUACCUAUUCGGGAUAUUGCAUCGUACAGAUAAAUGGUAAUUUAAUUAAAGGGUCUCAAUUGUCGACUAACGAUACCGAACAUACUUGAAGUAAAAGCGCGCUAACUUUAUAAAUUCAUGAUCGCACGAGGUGGCGAUUUAUGAAAACAUUGAUGGGCGCUAGAGGGAUAGGGUGCCCAUACAUCUAUUUUCUUUUCCUUUUUUUUUUUUUUUUUUUAAGUGUUAGUCGAACGUUAGUAAGGUUUAUUUGUCCUAGCAACUUACAGGGUGAAUCGAUAAAAAAAAUGAGUAGUUUCCAUUCUCCGAUGCGAUGCAUUUCGCCUAAUGCGAGGAUUUUAACUGCUAAAUCUCAAGUAGAGCAGACACUUGACGUAAGACAGGCGCAGAGUAGAGCGAGAAACAGUAUCACAUGGUUUUUUGUCAAUAGUUCUUUACUCGGGAUCAUCGUCUUUGACAUAUUAUACGGAGGUGCCGCGUAUAAACCAUUCUGUUGGGUCGAGUGGUGUUUAGCUUCCAUAUUUGCAUUGAACGCUCUUUAUCACAUAACACAAUACGCUUGGGCAACCUUCACUUUAAGGCCAGUUACUCUAAGCCCUAGACAGAGACGACUUUUGGGUGUGUCCGCUGAUGAUCCCAUUUUCAGAAAUGAAGUGCCAUUACCUCAAAACACAUCGGAACCAAUGUCUCCUUUGAAUUUGUCCUGUAUAAGUCUCAAUAGGUGUUUGACAUCUCUCGGUUCUCCAGGAUUAAAUGAAUCCAAGAAUUUCUCAUCGACAAGUCCAUUUUUUAAGUAUGGUAGUCCAGCCUCUCAGAAAUCAGCAUCCAGUCCCAAUGGUUCGUUCAAUAAGUCAUUUAAUGCAUCAUCAGUGAAUGGAAAUUUAACCGGUGAGGAUCUGAUUCAAAAUGAAAAGGAACUACAGAAUUAUUUGGAAGAAACUCGACAAAGAAAGCAUGUACUAUCGACCGACAUCGAUCAACCCUCUAACUUGCUUAGCUCCUUCUGGUCGCAUCCUGCAAUUAGAAGUCCGGGAGAAGUUUCGCCAAUGUUGAGAAGAUGCGCGUAUCAAUUAGCACCUAUCAUCGAUAAAUCCAAGUCGUCUAGUCCUGGCACGGAAGAAGGAAAUUCACCCAGAGGUAUGCUCGGCAUAUCAGAUGUUUGGAGAAAAUAUAGAAUCGAUCCGAACAAAGUGAACGAGUGGACAGCCAAUCUUCGUAUGUGGAUAAGCAAGACAGUCGUUGAACGGGUAGCCACAGAGAUUGACAAUGUUUGCUCUGCUCUGAUUCGUCACGGAUUGAGCGAUUCUCAACCGGGUCACGUUGGCUUAGAUAGAUUGCGAAAGCUGGCUCAAGCACCAUUUUUAGUCACCGCAAUUCCUACACUACCAACUUUGGUACCUUUUCUGGAGCUUUCGAACAAUCAGGAAUACCUGGUCAAUAGGAUCAAGGUUCUCGCGAAAGGAGGUUCUAUGAGCGAAUUUAAGUGGAACGGCGGAGGAUCCCAUGGUGGCAAAGAAUGGGACUCCAGUUUGCCGACUGAUUCGGCGAUCAUCAUGCAUUUAAUAUCUACGUACAUGGAUACGCAAUUAGAAGCUCCGUUAGAUCAACCGGAUGCACGACCUUUCACAUCGAGAUACAUGGCUAGAUCUGGAAUGACUUUACCGCGCAGCAAAGGACCCAUAAUAGUAUGCCAAUCUAUAAGUCCGCCUCAUUAUAGUUUAGCACACAGCGGUGACUCGUUGCCCAGCGAUUACGAAGAAAUACAACGGGGUAGAAACAACUUGUUUCACACGAUUCUGUUGUUUCUAUACAUCGUUAAGACGAGAGAUCACGGCAUGUUGGGUCGCGUAAAUUUAGGUACAUCGGGUAUAAACGUAUUGUGGGUAACCGAUGGUUGAUCAUCCAGAAAUUUUCAGUACACAAUCAACGACACCUAAGUUACAUUACGCCACAAAUCAAAAACAUUAAUCCUCGAAUGGCGAAUGUUUUUCGUAAUCGUAACAGACAGAGUGAUGCUUGGGCCAACUUGAACCUGAGUACAUCUUUUGUUUAAAUAUAUUUAAAACGAAUUUACUUAAGGAAUAAGUUAAAAGUUCUUGAAAACUCGAAUCAAGGGGGAGACCCAGGGUAUCGCAGUCUGAGGGUUAAAGACCAAACGUUCGCUAGAAAUAUAAUGAUUACUAAUAAAGUAUUCGUCAAAUGAAUCGCGUUUCAUCGAGCGUGUCAUAAUCUUUUACCCUUUAAGUUAUCGAAAACAAUUAUUCCAUUGUCAUCAGACUCGGCGGACCGAAAAAUUUCAGAAGUAUUUUUAAUACUACAAAUGCUUUAUUAUUCACAGUAUUUACGUCUAUGUACAAAUAAAUCAUAAAACUCGAUCCAUA